CAUGAUGAAUUCAGGUAACUUAUUCUUAUUAACUUUAACGAAGACAAACGGACGAACACAAUUUCUUGAAAAAUCAACACAUCUGGCUUAAAUUUUGAGGGUUCGAGCUUAAAAACUGCGUCAUAACAGUUUCUUAUGAAAAUAUUUCAUUGUUGACAACAAAAGUUCAUCUAACUAUUUAAAGCAAUUAAAUGAAGUCACCUAGUACAGCACCAGCACCUAAUGCUCGUGCUUUAGCACGACGAAUGUAUCGAGCUAGAAUGUCUGAAGAAAAGAGAAAAGAAACGAAUCGCAGACGUAGUGAAAGACGUCGACAACAGCAAAAAAAACAACUUCUAGAGGCCACCUUCAAUCUUCUCGUGGACUCAUUGCUGGAAGAAUCAGUUGAAACCGUUUUACAAGGAGAACAGCAUCAGGGAACUACUUUAAGUAUAUCUUCUUUGGAUUCAGAACAAAUAUGUUUGUGUAAGGAUCAUGAGAACUUCUCCUUCCUUGUUACUGCAAUCUCAAAAUAUUUACCCGGUUGUGACACCACUGAAGACUUCCUUGAAAUAGUAACGUGUGACAUUAACGACAUCAAAUGUAUGGCGGGACAUUGUUUGGAUUGCAAUGAACCCAUCGUUGAUAUUUUAUACCUGCUGAUUUCGCCAGAUAACAUCAACAGGAAAGUUAAAUACAAACAGUUACAAGAGGCGCAUAUAGAAUUAUUAGUGCUGCACGAAAACACCGUAGGACAAUUAAUUAGCAUUGCAAGUGAAAAAGCGAGCGCCGGCUAUAAAUUCCAUCACUAUACAAAUAAAGUACAACAGAUCGCAUUUGAAAAUAACAGAGCUAACUCGAGCGUGUUUGAAGUAUUUCUACAUAUAGAUUACGCUUCGAGAUAUGCUGACGAGGUGACAAUUUUCACAGCAAUUGUGUAUGCUGGCGAGAAUCAUCUUUUACUGACUCUCAUUGCUGAUGAUGCUACUGAAGAUUAUUGCAGCACCAUUACUUUCUUAAAAGCUGUAAUAAAGGAGCUUAAAGAAAAAUUCCCUACAGUUAUGGAAAUAAAAAUUGUGUCAGCCGAUGGAAAUGCAUCACACUUCAAAAGCAAAUCCAACCUAGGAAAUCUCGUUUAUUAUCAGCAAGACUAUGAGAUUAAUACAAUUUCAUGGGACUUUUUUGCACUUUAUCAUGGGAAAGGAGAAAUUGAUUUCGUGGGAAAUUCUAUAAAAAAUUAUGUUAAAGAAAAAGCCGACCUGCAAAAUGUAAUCAUAGACAGCGCGGAAAAGUUUUAUACCUAUGCGAAAGAUCAUGAGGACAUCUCAGUCAUUUACGUUAAAAGAGAAGAACUAGUCGAAGAUUGUGAGGUGCUUAAGGCAAGAACUUUUUCUUUCCCAAACAUAGAAGGUCUCGAAAAUUUACACCACUUUGAAGUUGUUUGUGGAACGACACCUUAUGAUAUGCAACUUAAGUGUUGGCCCACGAGUAAGUGUGAAGAAGAUUUCGAAAUAGUUAUAGAUUACACACUUUAUGAAUAUGACGUUCUUGAAGAGUCCACAAAUAAUAAAUCUGUAAUAUCUGCUGAUUAAUUAAACAAAUUGAAGUUUUUGUUAUGUUCUUAUCAGAUUUUUUUCCAGCCU